UCUUUAUUCACUCUUCGAAAUCCCAUUCCCCAAAUCCACACAAAUCAAAACCCCCAAUUUCUGUCUGGCUCACCAGUUUUCCGAUGGCUCUAAGCAGAGAACAGUACCUCUACAUGGCGAAGCUAGCAGAGCAAGCCGAGCGCUACGAAGAGAUGGUUCAAUUCAUGGACAAACUCGUCGCCAGCGCCCCCGCCACCGAGCUCUCCGUCGAGGAGCGCAACCUCCUCUCCGUCGCCUACAAGAACGUCGUCGGCUCCGUCCGCGCCGCGUGGCGCAUCGUCAGCUCCAUCGAGCAGAAAGAGGAGUCUCGCAAGAACGACGACCACGUCCCCCUCGUCAAGGACUACAGAUCUAAAGUCGAGGCCGAGCUCUCCCAAGUCUGCGCCGGCAUUCUCAACCUCCUCUCCGACUGCCUCAUCCCCUCCGCCGCCUCCAGCGAGUCUAAGAUCUUCUACUUGAAGAUGAAGGGCGAUUACCAUCGCUAUCUCGCCGAAUUUAAGGUCGGCGAUGAGCGGAAGGAGGCCGCUGACAAUACAAUGCUCGCUUACACAGCCGCUCAGGAAAUUGCCCUAGCUGAUCUUGCUCCCACACAUCCUAUACGGUUGGGUUUGGCGCUGAACUUCUCCGUGUUUUACUAUGAAAUUCUGAAUUCGUCAGAGAAGGCUUGCAGCAUGGCCAAACAGGCUUUUGAGGAAGCUAUUGCUGAGUUGGACACUUUGGGUGAAGAGUCCUACAAGGAUAGCACUCUUAUCAUGCAACUUCUGAGAGACAAUCUCACUCUCUGGACAUCAGAUAUGCAGGACCAGCUCGACGAGUCUUAAGCCAGUUGCUUUAUCUGCUCCUCAAGGAGGUGGGCUUGAAUGUCAUAAUCCAUCUGUAAUUUGCAUAUAUAGGAAGGAGAAGGGCUUUGAGGUUUCUAAGGUGUAUCAAGACUCGGAUUAUUCAAUUCUCCCAUUCUCGUGCUUCAUAAAAUGUACUAGUAAGAAAGUAAAUGUGAUACGAUCCAGUCCAAUACAUGGUCGUCAUGUUUAGGUGGAAGCAACUUUGUUAUUCUCCGUCAUGUCUAGAUGGCUUCUUCAUAUUCAGCUAUUACGAUGACAUUUUAACGUAGAACCUAUGCCACUGAGCCCAAAAUUGAAGAUGACUUUUGAUUAUUUUUCUUCUAAUUGACAAUUUAUCAGAACACCAGAAGUAGUAGUGACUAA